AUAUUUUUUUACUCCUCAUUUCCCAUUUAACGGGAUUUGUGAUGCUCAAAGGAGUGUUGUUAUUGGAGUUGUUAGGUCAUCGCAAAAUCCAAUUAUAAUUAAAAUGCCUAUCCGUUAGAAAAAGAGAGAAAAAUAAUCCCACCAACCGUUGCCGAUUACUUUUCCACGUAUUCACUAGUCUUCUCUCAGAAAUUCUAAACCAUAGAAAGUUCGAGCUUCAGAUGGGAGUCUCUGCAACCCUGAAGCGCUCCCCCAGUUUCAGUUUACUAAUUUAGGGUUGGCAAGGAACUCGUCACUGAUUCACUUACUGUCUGAUGCUUUAAUCGGUGAAGAAGAGAGAUUACUAAAGAAGAUUCAAGACAGGCUCGUUUCCAUUCACUCUUCACUUGCAUCGCAGGCACUCGAGGUGUGAUUGACAUGGGAAGCGUUGAAUAUAUGCCAUCAAAUUUUACCAAUCAAGCUUCUUCACCUAUCAGGUCAUUUCCGCACCCAACACAUGUGGCUCAAAGGUCUCAUCGUUAUACCGGGGUCCAAGUCAAGGCUUGUCUUAAUUCAUAUCUACCAAAGAAUCACAUAAUUUCCAGGCAUUCCUCGGGUUGGCUUGAUCUACCAUCUUUGUAUCUGAAGCAUUCAUUUGAGAAGCAUUCUCUGUUAUUGAGGGCGUUAGUGACCUCUAAGACUCGAGAUGUAUCGACCACAUUUGUUAUUGGUGAAGAGAAGGUGGGAGUGUUAUUGCUGAACCUUGGAGGUCCAGAGACUCUUGAAGAUGUGCAGCCUUUCUUGUUUAAUCUUUUUGCUGACCCGGAUAUUAUAAGGCUGCCAAGAUUGUUUCGUGUCCUCCAGAAGCCCUUGGCACAAUUCAUUUCUGUUAUGAGGGCACCCAAGAGCAAAGAAGGCUAUGCUUCGAUUGGUGGUGGUUCUCCUCUUCGACAAAUAACUGAUGCACAGGCUGAAGAGUUGAGGAAAGCACUUUCGGCGAAGAAUGUUCCUGCAAAAGUGUAUGUUGGGAUGCGGUAUUGGCAUCCUUUCACUGAAGAAGCUAUUAAGCAGAUUAAAAGAGAUGGGAUAACAAAACUCGUUGUGCUUCCUCUUUACCCACAAUUUUCAAUAUCAACUAGUGGGUCUAGCCUCCGUCUGUUGGAGAAUAUAUUCAGGGAGGAUGAGUAUCUGGUUAACAUGCAGCAUACGGUUAUACCAUCCUGGUACCAGCGUGAAGGGUAUAUAAAGGCCAUGGCAAAUUUAAUUGAAAAGGAGUUAGAAAAGUUUGAUUUGCCUGAGAAGGUGAUGAUUUUUUUUAGUGCUCAUGGAGUGCCACUUGCAUAUGUGGAAGAAGCUGGUGAUCCAUACAAAACAGAGAUGGAGGAAUGUGUGGAUUUGAUAAUGGAAGAAUUGGAAAAGCGGAGAAUAAGGAAUGCAUAUACUCUUGCUUAUCAGAGUAGAGUUGGUCCAGUGGAAUGGUUGAAGCCAUACACUGAUGAGACUAUCAUUGAGCUGGGACAGAAAGGGGUGAAAAGUCUUCUUGCAGUCCCAAUUAGUUUUGUCAGUGAACACAUUGAAACUCUUGAAGAGAUCGAUGUUGAGUACAAAGAGUUAGCUUUAAAAUCUGGCAUAGAAAAUUGGGGGCGUGUUCCUGCUCUAGGGUGUGAACGCACCUUCAUUUCAGAUUUGGCAGAUGCUGUUAUUGAAAGUCUUCCAUAUGUGGGGGCAAUGGCUGUUUCAAAUCUUGAAGCUCGUCAGUCUCUUGUUCCCCUUGGUAGUGUGGAAGAGCUAUUGGCCGCAUAUGAUUCACAACGGAGAGAACUACCACCACCUGUUACAGUAUGGGAAUGGGGUUGGACCAAAAGUGCUGAAACAUGGAAUGGGAGGGCUGCCAUGUUGGCAGUGCUUGUUCUAUUGGUCUUGGAAGUGACAACCGGAGAAGGGUUCUUACACCAGUGGGGCAUAUUGCCCUUAUUUCACUGAAUGAAGUCUGCAAGUGUUUCCUUUCGUAAUGGAUGAAGCUUAGGGUAAGACCUAUCCAAUUCUAUGUUGUUUUCUCUCUUUCUUUUUUAAAGCAUUUAGUUGUGGAUCUAUACCAUCUGAGUACUCAAUUAGUCAAACACCUCCCACUAAUAUAUGAUGUGGUAUCAGUCGAAAGGCUUGCUUUUGUACAAAUUGUAUCAAAUCUUAAGCUAUUGUUCCCUAUACAAUUGUCUUAGGUAAUUUUCUUGUAAGGGUAAACUGGUAAUGUGACGUGUCAUAACCAAGUCUUCUUUUUACAUUUAUAUUCACUUACUGUAUGCCAAUCUCUUAGCAUUUUGGCCCUUUUCAACAUUUUAUCAUUUUGAUGGAUUAAUUCAAGCAUAAAGGCAUAUGAAUC